UAAUUAAUUAAUAAAAAUAUAUAUUUGUAAUGAGUGAAUCCCUUUUCUUAAAAUAUAUUACUGACAUUUAAUUUAUGAUAGGUAGUUUGGAGAACAGUUUGCUAUGCGUUUUCUUGAAACUUUGGCAACUACGGAUUUAACCUCCUAAUCUAGAUGGUUCGUGUUUCAGAAUUGUAAUUUCUUGCAAUUUCCAUAUGGUGAUUGCUCCCGUUGACAGUACAAAGCUCUUCUGAUCGUAAUCUUAUCUUUGAUUUUAUUGCGACACGAUGGCAUUGCAAUUACAGAUUUUGUCGAAUAUUCUGCAGCGAUUAGAAUGUAUGGAAACUACAGCAAGUGGCUAUCUUUAUGGUAUUAUGUACAAUAAUACAUUAGUAGUCCUAACAUUCAGUUUAAACUCGCAUGAUAAUGAGGAUGAAAACGUAAUUGAUUAUACAACACUGCAAUUCAAUCUACCUGCAGACAUAUAUUUUUGUGGUAUAUUACACAUUGGUGAAUGUAAAGAAGUAAAUCCUGAUGUUUUUAAGGAUAUCGAUAUUACAGAUAAUCCCUUACUUUUAAAAUAUUCACGCAAUACAUUGGAUAUGCAGGCAUACUUUUAUGUGCAUCAAAAAUUGGAAGCUGUUAAUAACCUCAGUAUUAUUACUGAAGAUGAUCUUUCUCGACAAUUUGUGUACAUUAGAUUGCAAGCCACUUUCCCAUUGGUUGCUCAAGAUGAAAACAUAUUGGAAGCGUUACAAGAGUCACGAAAAAAUAUUGCAUCUGGAAAAAUAGGAAUACAUUUUCCUGUGAAUAAUGUAUAUCUAUUUAGAACUGAUGACAGUUUAAAAGACGCAAUGUUAAAAGAUUUUUUAUCCUUGUCUAAAGAACACGAGAGAUCUUCAACUGCGUCAAAUAAUAUAAAUCAUAAUAUUGGACCUGUGAAUAUCAUACAUGCAAACAUGUUAUUGAAGAUAUCAGGUGAGAAAAAUUAUGAAGAAUCUAUCAGAUAUGCUCCUGUAUUGCAGCAUAUCAAACGAUCCUUUGACAGUUUACAAUGCAAUCUAAGCAUCAAUGCAUUGUCGCUAGUGAGUUUAAAUGCGACAUCAGCCGAGUUGCAUGCAAUUCUAGUCGAGUCCAUUUGUCAGAACAUUAGAUUAAUUGAAAUGCAGCAACAAAAUCCCCAGUUUGAAGAUAUAAAGCUAUCUGCAAAGUUACCAGAAGUCAUGCAUUUUAAACCUCGAGGCUGUGGGCAUUUACUCACAAUAGUAUAUCCUGGUGAUUUUACUAACGAUAGCACAAUGGAAUAUCGUAGGGCUUUACACAAGGCUUUAGCGUUAGAUUUAACUAAACCAUAUUUUCGACGUGGAAAUGCUAUAAAUUUCGACAUUCAGGCAAACGAGAUACUUCUAAAUCCUCAUGAAGCCCUUUUAAAUAAAGGUAUUACAGGAAAACUCAGUAUUGUGGAUGGUUUAUAUUCGUAUCAUCACUAUAUGCAAAAUAAUUUUGACGAUAAUGGAUGGGGAUGUGCCUACAGAUCUCUCCAAACCAUCAUUUCAUGGUAUAGAUUACAAGGUUAUACUGAAGUACCAAUACCCUCUCAUCGCAAAAUUCAACAAUGUUUAGUCGACAUAGGCGAUAAACCUUCCACAUUUAUUGGCAGUAAACAGUGGAUUGGUUCGACUGAAGUAAGUUUUGUGCUGCAGACUUUCCUUAAUAUAGAUGUAAAAAUACUUUAUGUAUCAAGCGGAGAGGAGAUGUCGGCCUUAAUUCCACAACUUGUAAAACAUUUUGAUACACAGGGUACACCUAUUAUGAUUGGUGGGGGAGUAUUAGCUCACACAAUUCUGGGAGUUAGUUAUGACGAGUCAUCCGGAGAGGGAAAGUUCUUAAUUCUAGAUCCACAUUACACAGGCAUAGAGCACUUACCUACCAUAAUAAAUAAAGGAUGGUGUGGAUGGAAAACAAAAGAUUUUUGGAAAAAAGAUGCAUUUUAUAAUAUGUGCCUUCCACAAAGGCCUAUAGCCUUCUGAUGUUAGAUAGACUGUACAUAAUUUAAUUUUUUAAAUGUAUAUAUAAGUAAAAUGAAAUUCUCUAUUAAAUAUUAAAUACAUACAUCUCUAUAUAAAGCAAUUUUCACAAUAUUGUAUCAUUGCAUUUGUGAAACAUUGUUUCACUUGGGUGAUAUAUAUGAAACAAUAAAAAUAAUGAAUAUG